UCUACACAUGACCCCAUCCUCCAACCUUGCUAUUGUGAAUGAAAAAAAGCGAUGAACUGGCAAUGCCUAUAGUUCAAUAUACAAACUAUGAUAGCUUAUGACAAGCCAACAUAAUAAUGUUGGUUAAUAGCCUUGGCAGACGACAGCGUUAACCCUGAUUAACUGCGCACCUAAUCAAAUCCAAAUUUAUAGGUGACGGACAGCAGCGAUGCGAGUUAGCGAACAGCUGAUUGGCAUAUUAAUAACAUUUUAAAUUUGAUGAAACAAAAAUGGAUAGAAGACAAGCAUUGCGAUUGUUAGCCGCACAGAUGGUGCAAAACCACAAUUUGUUAAACCAAAGAAUAAAAACAUUACUAGUGAACCUGCUUCAAAAGCUUAAAACGAUAAAUGAAUUGACAAAAGUGAUACUGGAAACUAGUACCAAAGUGGCGUCUUCGGAAAUAAAGGAAAGAAGCGCCUGGAAAUUUGACCGCAAUGGCAGUUUUUGGGAGUACGAUGUCAAAAAGAUAGAUGACAUCCGAUUUAAAGAAAACUUUCGUCUAAACAAAGAAGCUUUUCACAAAAUAUGUGAAAAGGUUAAGGAAAUCGGAAAGUCCAACAGCAACACGCGACUUUGCAUUCCACUUCAGAAAAGAGUGGCUAUUGCGUUGUAUGCGUUAGGUUCUUCAGCGGAAUACAGAACUGUAGCAAGUUUAUUUGGCGUAGGACGCACCACAGUUGGGGAAAUAGUUGUGGAUUUUUGCAAAGCUGUGUGCACAAAUUUAUCGGAUUGCAUCAAUUCCUAUCCCCCAAGCACAGAAGAAGUAGAGCGAAAUGUACAAGGUUUUGCACACCUUGGUUUUCCGCAAUGUUUUGGAGCAAUAGAUGGCUGCCACAUUGAGGUUCAGCCGAAAAAGGAAGAUGCGAUCGAUUAUUACAAUUAUAAGGGGUGGUAUUCGGUUGUUCUGCUGGCAAGUUGCGACUAUAGAUCAAAAUUUACAUAUAUACACGUUGGGUAAACUGGAAGAAAUAACGAUUCGUAAAUUGCUCAGAGCAUCAAAAUGAUUGGAGAUGUUAAUGUCGCCGUAAUACUUAUUGGCGAUUCAGCCUUUCGAUUGUCGCGUUACAUGAUGAAGCCUUUUCCAUACUCACCAAAUCAACCAGUGUUAGAAAAAACAUUUAACUAUCGUUUAUCCAAAUGUCGCAGAGUUACAGAGAAUUCGGUCAACUAAAAGCUCGAUUUAGAAAAAUUGGCAGAGGUUUACCAGUAGCUCCAAAAAACGUUAACGUUACUAUACAUGCAUGCUGUAUUUUGCACAAUUUUCUAUAAAUUGAAAAUGAUGAAAUUCCUUCUUCGUGGAUCCAAGAUGCUGCAGAAAUAAGUACAGAAAUUCAACCACAUCACACUACAAGAGCUGGGGA